UGUUCAGACGUUCGUCCUGGAGCAGGAAGUGAACAGCAGUGACCAUGAAAACCUCAUCUGACAGGAACCGGAAGUCCCUAAAGAAGUCCAGGAGCACCUGCAGGACGCACAAACAAAGCACUCAUGCAUAUUCUGCGUACAUUUACAAGAUUAAGAAGGAGCUGUCUGUUCUCGUGAGUGACGCCUCUUUGAUGCGGCACCUGUCCGGUGCGCAGGCGCAGGUGUGUGCCGAGGCCGCGCGACUCUCCAAGUUCAACCGGCGGCACGUCAUCACGCAGCGAGAGUUGUCCGCCGCCGCGCGCGCGCUCCGGCACCGAAGCUCGUGACGGCUGGAGAUUUAAAUGCUGCGGUUUUAGAUGUUAAUUAAAUUUAAUAAAGCUUAGCUUUUAUAAA